UGACGGCCACACCUCACAGCUCUGGGAGAGCCACAGACCUCAGCCGGACAAGCUGAGCCCGGACGAGAAGAACUUUCCUCGGGACUGGGGACGCACAACGCCCCCUCCGCCCCCCGCACGCGGCUGUCUGCGAGCCUGAGCCCCCGGAGGGCGCGACGCCUGCAGGUCCGCGGUGCGCCCUCGCGUCAGGGCCUGGGCGGCGGCGGCGGCGGCGGCGGCGAGAGGCUCCCGGGCUGCAGGGCCCGCUGCCAGUGCGCGCGCGCCAGCCGGCCGGGGCAGCCGCGUCCCCCGCCCGGCCCUCGCAGCCGGCCUCGGCGCCCUCGGGCCGCCAGUCUCCCGCCGCCCGCCGCGGCCCCGAACAUGGCUGCGCGCCGCGCCGCCACCCUCGCCUGCUCGCUGCUGCUCCUGUCCGCCGCUCUGCUCCGCCGCGGCUGCCGCGCGCGCUUUGCCGCCGAGCCCGACGCGGAGCACGAUGAAGAAGAGGCGGAGGUGUUCCCGGAGUCGCCGGUGCAGAGACCCACGGUGCUUGUGGCCGUCCUCGCCCGCAACGCUGCGCACGCGCUGCCUCACUUCCUCGGCUGCCUGGAGCGGCUGGACUACCCCAAGAGCAGGAUGGCCAUCUGGGUGGCCACGGAUCACAAUGUGGAUAAUACAACAGAAAUACUCAGGGAGUGGUUGAAAAAUGUACAGCGGUUCUAUCACUAUGUGGAGUGGAGGCCUAUGGAGGAACCAGAAUCUUACCCUGAUGAAAUUGGACCAAAGCAUUGGCCAGGCUCCCGGUUUGCCCAUGUGAUGAAACUGCGGCAGGCAGCCCUUCGAACUGCGAGGGAACAAUGGUCAGACUACAUUCUGUUCAUCGAUGUUGACAACUUCCUAACUAAUCCACAGACCCUCAAUCUAAUGAUUGCAGAAAACAAAACCAUUGUGGCACCCAUGCUGGAGUCUCGGGGUCUGUACUCUAAUUUCUGGUGCGGAAUCACACCUCAGGGCUUCUAUAAACGGACCCCAGACUACCUUCAGAUUAGAGAAUGGAAGAGGUUGGGCUGCUUCCCCGUCCCCAUGGUUCACUCCACCUUCCUAAUUGACCUCAGGAAGGAAGCCUCUGGCAAGCUGAUGUUCUAUCCCCCACACCAGGACUACACCUGGACCUUUGAUGACAUCAUCGUCUUUGCCUUCUCCAGCAGGCAAGCAGGCAUCCAGAUGUACCUCUGCAACAGAGAACACUAUGGCUACCUGCCCAUCCCCUUGAAGUCCCAUCAGACCCUGCAGGAAGACAUAGAGAACCUCAUCCACGUCCAGAUAGAAGCAAUGAUUGACCGUCCUCCAAUGGAACCCUCCCAGUUUGUUUCCGUUGUCCCUAAAUAUCCAGACAAGAUGGGAUUUGAUGAGAUUUUCAUGAUCAACCUCAAGCGCAGAAAGGACAGACGGGACCGGAUGUUACGCACCCUGUAUGAGCAGGAAAUUGAGGUCAAGAUUGUCGAGGCUGUGGAUGGAAAGGCACUUAACACAAGCCAGUUGAAGGCCCUGAAUAUUGAAAUGCUGCCUGGAUAUCGAGAUCCCUAUUCUUCCAGGCCUCUAACCAGGGGUGAAAUCGGCUGCUUUCUUAGCCACUACUCUGUCUGGAAAGAGGUAAUUGACCGCGAGCUGGAAAAGACUCUUGUUAUUGAGGAUGACGUGCGCUUUGAACAUCAGUUUAAGAAGAAGCUGAUGAAGCUGAUGGAUGACAUCGACCAGGCUCAGCUGGACUGGGAACUGAUUUAUAUUGGUAGAAAGAGGAUGCAGGUGAAAGAGCCAGAGAAAGCAGUGCCCAACGUGGGAAAUCUGGUCGAAGCUGACUACUCCUAUUGGACGCUGGGCUAUGUCAUCUCUCUGGAAGGAGCUCAGAAGCUCGUCGGAGCUGAUCCUUUUGGGAAGAUGCUGCCAGUAGAUGAGUUCCUGCCGAUCAUGUACAACAAGCAUCCCGUAGCUGAGUACAAGGAGUACUAUGAAUCCAGGGACUUGAAAGCCUUCUCGGCAGAACCCUUGCUCAUCUACCCCACACACUACACGGGCCAGCCAGGCUACCUGAGUGACACGGAGACCUCGACCAUCUGGGACAAUGAGACAGUGGCCACGGACUGGGACAGGACACAUUCCUGGAAGUCCCGGAAGCAAGGCCACAUCCACCGCAAUGCCAAGAACACAGAGGCCCUGCCAUCGCCAACCUCCUUGGAUGCCAUGCCUUCGAGGGACGAGCUCUGAGGGCUCCAUGGGGGAUUCACCACCCUUGGUUUUUUUCUAACGGGCUAUUCAUCUGUUUGCUCCAGUUUCUGUUAGUGGCCACAGUCAUCUAACCAAAGUGGUCUGAUGUAAUUGAGCAAAGUUAAUAUAUUCUUGACAGGGGAGGAUAAUAGGGAAACUUAACCCAAAUUUCCUAGGAUGGCUAGAAGAUAGGCUUUAUGGCAACCAUCGAGAUGAACUUCAGUGUAGACACCGAGCCCUUCAGCUUAUUAUCCAGAUGAUACUGCUUCCUACAUUAAGGAUCAACAGUAUGGCCCAGAGACUCAUCCAAGAGAAAAGUAAUCACAUCAGUAAGUGGGUGGGCAAGGUAGCCAAGCCACAUGACCACACCUGUUGGUCUUGUGGGCCCAUUUUAUAUCAUAGGUAUGACCUUGAGAACUUGUGUAUGUAAUUGGGGAGGGGGAUCAAAUAAUUUAAAAUCAAAGUUAUUGGGCUUUGUUUAAAGGAAUUCUGUCAUAAGCCAAAGUUAGCUGUUCAUCUCAUUACCCAGUAGGGAUGGGUGGGUAUUUGGGUCUGUCUGAACUUGGCCUUGACUAUCAUGGCAGUUGAAGCUCUCAUACAGAGAUUUUGCCAUGUGGGUAUAGUUUAUUAGAUAUUUGAAAGUUUGUGUAGAUAUUUGAGAAAACAAGAACUCAGACUUUGGCCUUUUCUAUUGUGGUCACUUGAGUUAGGAUGCUCUAUUUAUGAAGAUAAAUUUAAUAUAUAAGGGGUUAGGGCUGGUGUCUAACUUCUGUCCCCAGGGUCCCUGUGCUGCCACUGCACGUCACACUCUCCCCUCCGCCCCCGAGCCUGGGAAUGAAUUGUGAGUGUAAGUUUUAUGAGUCACUGUUAAGAGGCAGAGCACAUUUUCAGGCCAGCAACUGUCCUUGCCUGAGUUUUUCUAUUUUGAGUUAUUUAUUCUACAAAAUGUGGGGGAAAUGUGUGUAGGAUAAGGCAGAGAAACAGAUUUUUCAAGCUCUCAGAGCACCCUAGGGAGCAGUGAGUGUGCGAUCUGGUUCUCCUGCAUUUCCCAGCCUGGCGUUUUCAAGGGAGGCCUGUUGAGUGGGAGCGUCUCAUCACCCGGAAACAAAUGCUUCUCCGUUUCAGAUGACAGACCUUGGUCAGAAACAGUGGACUGAGCAACUGAUUUAGGCCAACCAUGAGGGAGGCUCUCAUAGUCAGCAUCCUGGGCAGAUGACCUCUCUGCUCUCUUCACAGACUGAUUUUCUCUAAAGUGCAGUGUUGGGCUACAUCUUCCCUGCCAACUCCACAAUCUGUGUUCCUCAGAUUCUCAUGAUGGUUUGCCUCAGGUUUGCAUUUUCCCCCCGCAAGCAGUGAAACUUUGCCUCCAGAAAUACCCUCCCCACACCCCCCUUCCUGAGCUUCAUGCUUUGGAGCAGAGCCCAUGGGCAGGGCUGCUGCGUGAACCAAGCCUAGUGCUUCCUGGAGAGGGCCCCCAGAUUGCAGAACGAGGUAGCUUGUCUGCCAAAGAACACCAGCCUCAGCCUUCCUUCUUGACUUACUGCCCGUAUUCUUCCACACUGAUAGUAAGCAAGGAGGCUGAGGAAGGGGAUCUCAGCUGACUUCUAUCUUUACUGCUUUGACAUACCUGUCAGAGCCUGACUCUUUUUUUUUCCCCUAGAAAAAACAGAAGGAGCAUCUGGGGAGCUAGUGAAAAACCCUUAGGUGAUCCCUAAGGUUCCCUUGGGUAUUUUGCAUUUUGUUUGCAUAUUUGAGUGUGUGCAAGUGUGCCUGACUUUCAUGAUAUAUAUUUUUUAAUAGGGUGGGAGGGAUAUUGGGAGUGGAGAAAGAUUGAGUUGACUUUUGUGUGGUUUUGUUUUAAUAGAGAACAUUUUUUUUUCCCUUUUACUGUCAGCUGGUCUGAUGGGUUUAUGGAUUCUCAUUCUUAAAAGACAUUGGUCUUAAGUUCUAGAAUUUUAGAUUAGGACUGUUCUACUGUGAAUAAAGUUCUGGCUCUGUUAGCCCAGACAUUGCUUCUGCCUGCUCAGGUCUGGGAUCCCAAGCAGCGCUCUUUUGUUGUGAACAUUGUGAUCUGCAACCCCGCCCCCGCCAUUUGUUUUUAAAAAGUCACCUCUUCAGCAAUUCAGGGGCUCCUUGAUCUCAUUAUUCCUGCCUCCACCCUAGUUUUACGUCAAGAUAUUUGACCUUUGCAGUCACAGACCUUUGCCUCCGGCCAUGGCACCUGUUCUUUGUCUCUAUAAGUUAAACCCUGUCUGGAUUCCCCCAUGUGGAUCUCCCCCUGGAUCUUGGAAGCCCAGGCAGGAUCUCCUGGAUAGACGACCCUGACUCCAGCAGUGCUGGUGCUGCUGAGUGUGGACUGAGCACCUACAAUUUGCAGAGGACACAUGGUGUGGGCCUUGCUUUGGGUUCCCUGGGGCCUGCUGCAGGAACUCUGGAAGAGAAGAAAGAGCCGGCAUCCCAGCAUCCUACACUGUCUAUCAUGCUGUGUCGUUUCAAGGAGGGGAGAUGAUAAACUACUUGCCUUCUAGAGCUCUUUGUGAAAAAUUAAAAAAAAAAAAAUAGCUCAACACUAUGAUUGUUCACUCAUUCCACCAACACUGACCAAUGGCCAACGCUGCUGGAACUUCCAGGUCUGCCCUGGACCAAGGAUGUUGGAGGCCAGAGAUAGCCAGUGCUGCUGCUCGCCCCCAUGGCAAACGUGGUCACUGACCUUCCUGUCCAGUGGGAGUUGUUUUAGACUCCUGGGUAGAGGUGGGCAAGCAGAAAAUUUUUCUAGGCUACAGAAAGACAGGCGUCCCCAGUGGGAGAGUGGUAAGGGAGGGUCCAUCUUAUAUUUUUGUUCUAUAGGUCAGUCUAACCAUUCAUCGAAGAUACUGGCUGGUUUAAGGCCAAAGAACUUUAUCCCAGGGCAAGAAAGAAAGAAAGAAAGAAAGAGAAAGGAAAGGAAGAAAAUAAAGAAAGAGAAAGAGAAUCCAUGCUUGUAUCUCUGACCCCUUGAAUUUCAGAUCAAGCUUCCCCCAAACCAGGUAUGAGCACUGCCUUGUUUCAGGCCCUGUGCUGGGAAUCUCAGAGGACGAGGAAGGAUCCCUACUGCUGGGAGGUCCGCAGUCCAGUGGAGCAGCCAGGGAAGCAGGAAGGCUUUAUUUCAGUGACAGGAAAGAAGUGGGCUGUAGGACCUCAGCCCAGUUCUGCCAAGGAAGGCUGUUGGGGCAGUUUUGCUGGGAAGAUGGCUGGGGAGGUGACAGUCGUGUUGGCUUUGGGGGCCUGAAUGGGCAUUUGUACAGGGAGGAAGGUUGGGUGUGGUACAUGGUUUCUAGGCACUGGUUUAAAUGCUUUCUAGGCACUGGGAAGGUGUGCAGCUGGGAAGAAGUCUGCUGGGGAGUGAUGGGGGAUGGGGAUGUAUUGGGGUUGGUGACGGGAGACAAGAUUGAGACCUGAUCACGAUGGCAAGGUAAAUCAGCGGCCCUCCCUCCCCGGUUAUCAUACGUCGUGAAUGCAGAGGCCAUUGUUUCUGGGGGAAUUCUAGGUGUGGUUACUGACAGCAAUGCAAAAGUUUGCAGUAAAACGUUGGUGUCUAAAGAGAAGUUCCCAUUCAGUUACAAACUUGUGGGUCUUUUCCCUUUUGGUGAAAUAAAGUGUAAAGUAAAUGUGAGUCUUCCCAAGAGACGUCUACAAUGUGCUUUUGAGACGUUCUCUCCAAGUAAACAGAGUGGGAGAGAGAUAAUCCAGAAGUCAUAUCCAUUGGUGACAAGAAAUCCAUUCACCGAGGAGUUAAAUAACGACAAAGUGAGAAUUAAAAUGAGGCUGGUCAUUCGAUAAGAAGGUACCACGUCACAGUGACAUAGGAAAUGAAAAAUAAGAAGCCUGGGAAAUAAUCAUUAUGCCCAUGUUUUAUGUUCUGUGGUGAGGUUUAUUAUUUCAGAGAGAACGUUCCUCCUGCAGGACAUUCUGAUUAAAUGUGGCUGGGGGGGAGGGCCAGGUGGAGAGGGUUUGGCAGGUGAGCAGGCUGAUGGCAGCCUUGAGUCAACCAGUGGCAAGGAGACAAGGAUGAAGAGUCGGACUGGACUUGUGGUGGCCACUGAGUCCUUCUGGCCUGGUUGGAAAAGAGAGAAAAUGAUGGUGGUUUUAGCGCAUUGCGUUAUAGUAGAUUACAAGAAAAUGGUGCCUCCUCUUAUCACGAGCACAGGACAAGAGGAUGUGGCUUGAAUCACAGCGUGAAGAGUUUAGGUUGAACAUGCAGGAAGAAUUUGACAGAAUUAUUAAACACCAAGUGGGAUUCCAAGGCAAGGUGCUCCAUAUUAAAAUAUGCUGCUGGGCAGGAGAACCAUUUCCUUCUGCUGUGUGAAUUUACCCAACCUAAAAUGGCCUGUGUUUUUGCUUCCGCCCAUAGAUGUAUUAAUACUUGGAGUGAUCUUUGCUCAGGCCACUUGGGUGACACCAGCUGAGCUGCCCCAGCCCAAAGCCAUCCUCCCAUCUGCCCUCAAAAAGGGUGGAAAGAGUGAAGAAUCGCCUCUGAGUAUCAGUUUGUCUUUAUUUUUAAUUUGCUGGGUUUAUUUUUAUGUCCCUCCCUGUAGUUUCCUCAGCACGAAUGCCUCUGGAACGGGCGUUUUAAUAAAAUCUCACGUCCCAGGGCAUGUAGAGCGCCAGCUUCGCAGCCCCCGUGAGUUCCGAGGGGGCUCCUCCGGUGUUUCUCCUUCCAGGGGAGGCUGGACAGACAUCUGAGCUCUUGCUCAUGGGCUAACUUGACUUUCAGAACAUAGUGGACAGUGCUCUCUCACUCUCUCUCUCUCUCUCUGGUCCUCAGAAGAGCUUAGAAAAUAAUGACAAAGUGUCCUCUCCCAAAACAGAAUUGGUGGUUUAGAGAUUCCCCCAGCCCCCCCAUCCCCGCCAUCCCCCGCCCCCAACUUCUGGAACUGAGAUGUCUAAAUGCUGAUGGUGUGGCUGCUUUGAAAACCUCCCACACUGACUGAAAAGACUUGAAGGAGAUAUUAUUGUUCAGGCUGGGCCCAGGGAGGACACCACGCGGGGAGUGUGAGGGGACAGGGGAUUUGACUGGAGAGAAGAGGUGUGGCUUCUAGGGCACAGCACACACAGCCCAGGCAAGGAAGUGCAAGGACAGAGGGAUAAGAGACAAAUGCAGGCCCUGCAGCAGGGAAAGUGGGGCUGGGAACCUGCCAGAAAAAGAAGGGAGGGACCCAAAGGGGAAAACCCUACAGGGGAGGCUGAGAGCCAGGGUGGCAGCACCUGGGCUGAGUGACCGCCAUGUUGCCUGGCGGCAGGGCCUGCUGAGGAACAGGUGGGAUGCCGGCCGCCCCCCAGUGCCCGUGGGACAGCAGCACCUCCACUAGUGUAUCAAAAUGGCCCCUGACCAGGGCCGGAGGCACAGAGAGCCCCUUGCCCAGAGUGAGCACAGAGGAGGGAGGAUUGAGGAGCAGGGAGCGGGACUUCUGGUAAGAAA